AUGAGGCCAACUCCCUUGAUCAUCAAUUGGCACGACAAGAACGCCCCCGUCUAUUCCGCUCAUUUCGAACAGCACGGCAGAGGACGGCUCGCGACUGGCGGAGGGGAUAACAAUGUUCGUAUCUGGAAAGUCGAGGCCGACGGCGAGGCCCGGAAGGUCGAGUAUCUCUCUACCCUCGCCAAGCACACUCAGGCUGUCAACGUCGUCCGCUGGGCCCCCAAGGGCGAGACCCUCGCGUCGGCUGGCGACGAUGGCAACGUUAUUCUCUGGGUUCCCAGCGACAUUCACAACCCAACCAUCUUUGGGAACGAGGGGCUCGAGGAUAAGGAAACCUGGCGGACCAAGCACAUGUUCCGCCCUACCGGCUCGGAGAUAUACGACCUAGCCUGGUCUCCCGACGCCACUUAUUUCAUUAUCGGAAGCAUGGACAACGUUGCUAGGAUAUACAAUGCCGGAACAGGCUCUCUCAUCCGCCAAAUCGCCGAACAUAGCCACUACGUGCAAGGCGUUGCCUGGGAUCCCCUGAACGAGUAUAUCGCGACGCAGUCAUCUGAUCGAUCGGUCCAUAUCUAUUCGCUCAAGACCAAGGACGGGCAGUACGCGUUGACCAGCCACGAUGAGAAAACGACCAAGAUUGCCAGCCAUGCCAAAGCAGACCUCCCUGCGAGACGUAUCUCUUCCAAUAGUCCCGCCCCGCCGGACAUGGGCUACCGUUCUCAGCUCGCCGCCGCGGUCGAUACCCCUAGUGCCUCCAUCGGGUCGCCGGUUCUAUCCGCGCCAGGAACACCGCAAUCCGUACCGCUCCCAAUGAAUCCUCCAUCUGUCGUUAGUCAUAGCCGGCGCUCUUCGUUUUCAUCUAGGCGGUCCGUCUCACCCGCGCCGUCUUUGCCGCUGCCUGCUGUCAUGCCCAUGGAACCAUCGCCCAAACUUAAUCACAGUUUCAGCGUAGGAGUAAAGAAUGCGAGCCUAUACGCUAACGAAACCCUCACGUCUUUCUUCCGGCGCCUAACGUUCACCCCGGACGGCAGUCUACUUCUGACGCCCGCUGGCCAGUACCAAGUACAGCACCAAGGCGAUAGUCUCAGGCCGUCUUACGAGGUCAUCAACACCGUCUAUAUCUACACCCGGGGUGGCAUCAAUAAGCCGCCUAUCGCUCACCUUCCUGGGCAUAAGAAGCCGUCCGUGGCUGUCAAAUGCUCACCCGUAACCUAUACACUGCGACAGUCUCCUCCAGUCACGAAGUACAUCACAAUUGACACCUCUUCGGCGGAAGAUCCUAUCCCAGCUCUCCCCGAGCCCAUAUCGAAGCCGCUGUCAGCCGUAAUGGACCCCCCCCCACCGCCGCCAACUUCCUCGGCACCGGAUCCCGAGAAGUCUUCCACACCGUUAUCGAAGCACUUAAGCGUAGAGGUUGGCGCCUCCAUAACCGGGCCCAAGCAGACACUCGCGCUGCCCUAUCGCAUGGUGUACGCUGUAGCGACGCAAGAUUCCGUCCUGCUGUACGAUACUCAGCAAACCACACCCCUAUGCGUCGUCAGCAAUCUGCACCUAGCUACAUUUACUGAUCUCACCUGGUCGAGCGACGGAUUAACGCUCCUUAUCUCUUCUUCAGACGGCUUUUGCUCAACCCUCUCCUUCCUACCAGGAGAGCUAGGCCAGGAGUACAAGGGCGAGCUCGUCGGCCCCAAGAUCUCCUCCGCUGCCAGCGCAGCGGUCCCUGCUUCCGCUCAAGCUACCCCAGUGCCCACGCCGACAUCCACAUUUACACCUCCUUCGCCCUUUCCCGGGCACCAGCAUCGCAACUCGGCUACUUCGUUCGCUGCGCCGUCCCCGCCCGCCAUGGCCUCCUUCGUGAGCGCUCGCCCGGCUUCGCCCGCCCGGUCGAACUCGACGUCGUCGAUCGCGACGCAGGUGUCUAUCAUGAACAACCCUCCCCUAAUAGGCGGCAGCAUACCCAGUAUCGCGGCCACCAACUCAGGCAAAGUGACGGGCGUGCCCAUAACGACGCCCCCCGAGACGCCCGGCAGCGGCGUCGCCAUAGCAGCGGGCGUCAAGCGAGAAGCUAGCGAGAACGCCCCAGACGACGCGUCGACGGCCUCCAGCCAGUCCAAGAAGCGUAGGAUCGCGCCCACGCCGGUUACCGAUCCCAAAACGUGA